AUCGCUCUUUGGAUGCCCUCCUCUCAGUGGCCGGUCACGUUUCUAUGGGGAAAGCAGUAAGAACUGAGCUGAAGAAAAUAAUAUGAAUUUUAAAAAAGUUAGCACAACUUUUUUGAGUGCAAAGAUGUAACCGGUUUUCAGAAACUGCGUACGAUGGGAGAAGCGAAAGGAAACUGAGAGUGACGAACUGAAUCGCUGUCGGUAGUGGCUUACCUGCUUCUAUUGCCAUCCGGUGAAAGGGGGGGGACACGUUUCUUAACUUGAAAAGCUAUGGAACCCAUAACGAAAUGGAGCCCCAAAGACGUGGUCGAGUGGAUGAAAGGGCUGGAUGACUGUCUUCAACAGUAUGUUCAUAAUUUUGAAAGAGAAAAGAUAAGUGGAGAACAACUGUUGCAGAUCUCUCACCAGGAUCUUGAAGAACUGGGGGUUUCACGAAUUGGGCACCAGGAGCUCAUUCUGGAGGCUGUGGAUCUGCUGUGUGCACUGAAUUAUGGCCUUGAAACUGACAACUUGAAAAAUUUGGUAACGAAGAUGCGCACUUCAACUAGCCACCUCCAGAAUUACAUAGCCUGCAGGAGGAAAAACCCCACAUAUGAUGGCAACUCCUCUCGUAAGCCUCCUAAUGAGUUCCUGACUUCUGUGGUGGACCUUAUUGGGGCUGCUAAGGCAUUACUCGCAUGGCUUGACAGGACACCACUCACAGGGAUCAGUGAUUUCUCAUCAACAAAGAAUAAAAUCAUUCAGCUCUGCCUGGAUCUCACGACCACAGUUCAACAGGAUUGCACUGUUUUGGAAAUGGAGGACAAAAUCCUUGAUGUUUCCAAGGUUUUGAAUGGAAUUUGUGAUCAGACCAUGAGGACCACCUCUGACCCUCUAAUGAGCCAGUGUGCCUGUGUAGAAGAAGUUCAUCUAACCAACGUCCGGCAAGGGGAAGGACUGGGAAUGUAUAUUAAAUCCACCUAUGAUGGCCUGCAUGUUAUCACUGGAACUACUGAGCAUUCUCCAGCUGACCGAACGGGAAAGAUCCAUGCAGGUGAUGAGGUGAUACAAGUCAACCACCAAACAGUGGUUGGGUGGCAGCUCAAAAACCUUGUUGGAAAGUUGAGGGAAGAUCCCAGUGGAGUUGUACUCCUCUUGAAGAAGAGGCCCACGAGCACACCAAACUUUACUCCUGCUCCCUUGAAAAAUCUCCGGUGGAAGCCACCUCUUGUGCAGACAAGCCCUUCUCACACAACAGUUCAGUCUUCAGAAAGCACAAAAGAUUCAUCAAUGAAGAGAGAGAAGCCAGCCAUUCUGGACCUGUACAUCCCACCACCACCUGCUGUUCCUUAUACCCCACGUGAUAGCAAAGAAGGUCCUUCUGUAACAGGAAUGUACAAGAGUCCCCUGAGGCAAAAGGGAUCAGAGUCCCCCAACUCUUUUUUGGAUCACGAGAGCAAACGUCGAUUCACUAUUGCAGACUACAAUCAACUUGGAAUGUAUCCUGUUGAAGCAAGUGUUUUGCCUGCAAAGAUGAGAGAAAAAAAACAGUCCCAGGGAAGACCUCGUCCUCUGUCUAUGCCAGUGGAGGGCAGCUGGUUGGGUGCUGUUGAUGCAUACUCCAGGGCUUGGGCACAAGGCAGAAAAGGUGACGAUGCCUUGUACAGAUAUUUGAGCAAUGAGCGAAUCACUCCCAUUAUUGAAGAAAGCCCAUCCAUCCAACAGCUCUACAGGCCGCCAUCCGAAAAGCAUUUAGUACGAGGAAUAGAUCACAUCCGUGGCAGCAGAUACUUUGGCAAUACGGACCUGCAUAAUAGCGCAACCAUCCCAUACCAAGAAGAUGGAGUGAAAAAGCCCCCUGUUACCCCUCCCGCCAAAACCACCCAUGCAGAGCCAUCGCUACUGGAGUCAAGAAGAUUCUCCCAAUCCAGAUCAACAACUGGGUGCUUCUACCCGGACAGUAUGAGGUCUUCAUCACCCUAUUAUGCACAGGUACAUUUCCCCAGUUCCUUAUUGUCUCCGAUGGAAGCAGAGGCAUACAACCCUGUUUCCUUGAGACCCAAGUCAAGGAAGAAGGGACAAGAUGAUACAGACACAAUGAGCCGACGAAGGAUUUCGUGUAAAGAAUUGGGACAGCCUGACUGCCAGGGCUGGCUAUACAAGAAGAAGGAUAGCAAGGGUUUCAUUGGAAUAAAAUGGAAAAAAUUCUGGUUUAUGCUCAAGAGAACCUCUCUUUACUGGUAUACAAAUCAGAUGGCGGACAAAGCAGAAGGAUUCAUCAACCUCACGGACUUCAUGGUGGACCGAGCCACCGAGUGCAAGAAGAAGCAUGCUAUCAAGGCCAGCCAUCCACAGAUAAGAACAUUUUAUUUUGCAGCUGAAAACUCUGAAGAGAUGAACAAAUGGCUUAACAAACUAGGAUUGGCUUCGAUCAAGGAUGAGAAAUCUGAAGUGAGCCCGGACUGUUGGAGUGAGAGUGAUCAUGAUGAACCUGAUCUAAGCACAGAGACCCCUCCACCUCCCUAUUCAGCAGAAAAUUCAGCUCAUCCGCAGGUAGAAAUGCUGCCCCCAUCUUACUCUUCAAGUGCAUCCAGCAAUAUGAGCAACUCGAUUUCUCCAGGUAGCACCAUUCAAUCCCAAGUUUCGACUACUACUCUGCCUCCUUCCUUUCAAGACAGACAGUCAUGGCAUGACAUCCUAAACAGCCAGCAAAUGGAAAUGGGGAGGAAUACAACCUGCACUGUACAAGUCCACUCAGAAAGCUUUGAAACUGUCAUUUGCCAGUCACAAACAAACUCCUUAUUAAAGGCAGAAAACAAAUCUUCAAACUCUGUCCCUGAACAAGAUGCUAGCAAUCUGGCAAACGGCAGGAGCCUCCUGUCCAUUCAGAAGGGAUCAUCUUUGUCUGCAUCAAAUGAAAAGGUUGCAGAGUUGCAGCAAGCUUCAUCUGAUGAACUGGAAAAACUGUACAAAUCUUUGGAGAAAGCCAGCUUGUCUCCACUUGGUGAACGUAAGCCCUCAACCAAACGGGACUUCAGGAAGUCAUUUAUUAGGCGCUGCAAAAACCAGUCGAUUAAUGAGAAGUUACACAAAAUCCGGGCUCUCAACAGCACCCUCAAGGCUAAAGAGGCAGAUUUGCUCACCAUUGAUCAGGUAUUGAAUGAUAAUGACCUAACUGCAGAGAAAUACAGACAGUGGAAAGAAACCAACUUCCUAAUGCUUCAGGAAAUCUGUCAGUAUUGUCAACCUGAGAACAACUCCCAUGAAGACGCUGAAAGCACAGAUGCUCGGCCUGCACACUACACUGAAACUGAUGUCUAAAACUUUUCACUGGUACUCCUGGAAAGCCAAACUCUCAAAUGCAACUCCCACAUAUUUAUUACUAUUUUUUUUUAAUUCAUGUACCUUAUUAUGGGAUUAUGUUGAAUAUCUGUAGUAUUUUUUUUUCAUUUUGAAAUUGUAAUCUCUCAAAAGAUGAGCAUAAUACCAAUUUUUAUGCAAUUAUUGUAAGAAGACUUUGUGAGGAAAUUCCAAUGGUGGCUGUUUGUCGAUUAUGCCGUAUUUUGAGUAGAGGCUCAGCCAGACUGACUAGCCAGUUGGUAUUUCUUUUUAUUCCGAGUAUACAACUGGUGAAAUGAACCUUGAUUUUUAUUAUUGUUUCCAUGAUAUGUUUGUCUCUUUUGAUGUGUUACUUUUGUUUCCAUACUCAGUGUUGCAGCUUUGAAUGCAUGAAAAACAAACCUAUAAGCUGCCUAGCAUCAUGGCUAAAC